CAGACUAAGAAGAACAACCCGAACCACAUCAAGCGGCCCAUGAACGCGUUCAUGGUGUGGUCGCAGAUCGAGCGGCGGAAGAUUUGCGAGCAGCAGCCGGACAUGCACAACGCCGAGAUCUCGAAGCGCCUGGGCCGCCGCUGGAAGACGCUGGCGGACGACGAGAGGAAGCCCUUCAUCGACGAGGCGGAGCGGCUGCGCCAGUUGCACCUCCAGGAGUACCCGGACUACAAGUACCGGCCCCGGAAGAAGAUCGUCAAGGUGCAGCCCAAGGUGUCGACGCCGAGGGUCAAGAAGCCAAAGAAGCCGGACUCCAACAACAACAGCAGCAAGCAGUCCGAGACGCCGUCGUUCAAGAGGAGCCUGCCGUCGCCCGACAGCCCCGCCACGCCACAGAGCCACAGGCCGGCCUCGCGCGCGCGCAGCGCCAGCGGCUCCAAGUCCAAGAAGCCCAGGCUGAUGUCGAGCACCCCGCUCGCCAAAGUGCCGGCCAGCCCCUCGAGUGACGUCCCUGACUCGCCAGAGUCGGCCACCUUCUACGAGGACUCCUCCACCUCCAUGAUGCUCGACAUCACCUUCUCCAGCAGCGCCGUCGGCUCGACCGACUGCUUCACGCCGCUGAACGCGCUGCAAGACAACGAGAGGGUGCGCGCGCUGACCGCGGAGAGGCGCCAGGCCCUGGGGCUCGGCUCGCUUCAGGGGCUGCGCCUGCCGUCCCUGUGCCCCAUCAAGACUGAGGUCCUUGACAUCAAGCACGAGGUGGACGACGACGUUGACGAGGGCAUUGACGACGUGCACAGGGAUUAUGAGGAGGACGAGGAUGAGGAGGAUGACAAGUACGCCAUCAAGGAGGAGUUUGACUGCGAAUCGGAGUCCGCCGCCGUCGCCGCGGCCGCGGCCGCUGCCGCAGGACUCAGGCCGGGAGAGAACCCCACGCUGUUCGGUGCGCAGCAGACCCCGUCCUUGUCGGAGCUCGAGAACCUCACCGACCUCCUCCCCCCGUUCAGGAUUGACAUUGACCUGGACAACAUCAGUACCGACUUUGAGACUUUCGACACUGCCAGCUCCAGCUCAGGUUCCCACCUAGACUUCAGCUGCACCCCUGACGUGUCAGACAUGCUGUCCGACAUUGGCGUCAACAAUGACUGGGUGGACACCACCUUCCUUAUUAAUUGUUAGUGUGUUUGUUUUUUGUUGUUUAAGUGUGUCUGUGUUACAUUGUAAGUAGAUGGCCCCGCCCCAAGUCAAAUCGUAUUCGAAGGCGAGUAAUCAAAGAUGUUUUGUAAUUCAACGUAAACGUUAUUGAUAUUAUGAUGUCUGAUUGGUGAAAUGUAAAUAGAUAGAUGGUCUAGAGCUAAUAUUGGAUCUCCCAGUGUGUUUAUUGUACCUAUUCAAACGUCUCAGUGAUUCUACAUUUCCGGUUGCUUCUUGAUAGAAGGCAGAAGAAUUCCGAAGUCCCCUUUGGCCCCAGUUAUUGCGAUGAAUUAGCAGUACAAUCGUCGGUUUGAAACGCAUUGCUGUUCUUUUUUAUUUUGCUCAUUACCUUAUUAUU